AAUUACUCAAUUUAAGAAAUUUAGUUACAGGGGAAAAAAAACAUUUUGAAAAUUUACAUUUAAAUGGCAUAUGAACUGCUUAAAAGUCAUUGUGGCUAUUAUUAAGUUGUAUGGAAGUCAACUGUGGCAAAGUUUAGUAUAACGGAAAUGCAAAAGCGAAGAACUUAAACUGGGAUAUAGUAGCAGUACCAUGUAAGACUUUUAGAUGUGACCCCUAUGCAACAUAACAACAUCAGUAUCAGUAUGGCUUGGAAUGUCGUCGGAUUGUAAUUCACCUCAAAGGGUGAGCAGCUUAAUUCAGAAAGGUGACAACAUCAUCAAAGAAAGGAACACAGCAUGCCACUUGGAUCUCAACCACAGCUAUUCCUUGCGGUCUACAUAAUUACUUUUGUGACUGGUCUGCCAUUGAACAUCGUGGCGCUUUAUGUUUUCUACAAAAGACUGUUCAAGAUUCCUAAACCAAUUGAUAUUUUAUUUCUUAACCUCACCAUCUCAGAUGUAAUCUUCUUAUUCUUUCUUCCCUUCAAGAUAACAGAAGCUUCCUCCGGUAUGAAAUGGCCCCUUCCAUACAUCCUGUGCCCUAUAAGUGGAUUUGUGUUCUACAGCACUAUUUAUAUAAGUACUGUAUUUCUAGCAGCUAUUAGCAUAGAAAGAUACAUAGCAGUAGCCUUUCCAAUCCAGUACAAAAGUGUCAGGAGAAUAAGGCACACUAUUAUAAUAAGUGUUGUUUUAUGGAUUCUAGCUUGUGGUCAUCUUAGCUUUGUUUAUGUUGUUGAGACUGUCAAAACAGAAAAUCAAACAAUUGACACUACAAUGUGUUAUGACAACUUUACACAAAAACAGCUUCAAAUUGUACUACCUGUUAGAUUUGAGCUGUUUGUAGUUCUGUUUCUGGUUCCUCUUUUGAUUACCUUAUUCUCAUAUAUCAAUUUGAUUUGGAUCUUGUAUUCUUCACGUCAGUUCAAGAGUAAGAAAAAGCAAAGGGCCAUGAUAAUGGUUGCGCUCACACUGAUUACUUUUAUAGUAUGUUUUGGACCCUACAAUGUCUCACACAUUUUUGGAUUGGUGGAACAGGAAAAUCCAAAAUGGAGAGGGUACGCAUUAUUACUCACUACAUUUAAUGCAAGCUUGGAUCCCAUAAUGUUCUACUUCUCAUCUCGUACUGUGCGAAACACAUUAACUUCACUAUUUAAUCUCUAUAGAAAACGACAAGGCAAGGAAGAUAUUGGUGAACAAAUGUCAACGUGA